AUGUUUCAGCUGCCUAUCUUGAAUUUCAGCCCCCAGCAGGUCGCCGGGGUGUGCGAGACUCUGGAGGAGAGCGGCGACGUGGGCCGCCUCGGCCGCUUCCUGUGGUCGUUGCCCGUCGCCCCGGCGGCCUGCGAGGUGCUCAACAAGAACGAGUCGGUGCUGCGAGCCCGGGCCGUGGUCGCCUUCCACACGGGCAAUUUUCGCGAACUCUACCAUAUCCUGGAGAACAACAAGUUCACCAAAGAGUCGCACAGCAAGCUGCAGGCGCUGUGGCUGGAAGCGCACUACCAGGAGGCCGAGAAGCUGCGCGGACGCCCGCUGGGGCCGGUGGACAAAUACAGGGUGCGGAAGAAGUUCCCGCUGCCUAGAACCAUUUGGGAUGGCGAGCAGAAAACCCACUGCUUCAAGGAGAGGACCCGGCAUUUGUUACGAGAAUGGUACUUGCAGGACCCCUAUCCGAAUCCCAGUAAAAAACGGGAGCUUGCACAGGCUACCGGACUUACACCCACACAAGUAGGAAACUGGUUCAAAAACCGAAGACAAAGAGACAGAGCUGCGGCUGCCAAAAACAGGCUUCAACAGCAGGUCUUGUCCGGGGGCUCCGUUCGCUCCCUGGCCGACGAGGACGGCACCGUGGACCGUCUGGGCAACGCUUCCAGUCCGGAGGCAACCCUGUCCAGCAAAGCGGCGGCCUCGGCCAUCUCCAUCACCUCCAGCGACAGUGAAUGUGACAUCUGAGAGCUCUGCGGCUCAACUCUUGAUGAAUGGAAGCAGCGAAAAGGGGCGAUGAACGAGUGAAAGACAAUCGAAUACAACGACUCAUAGUGCCUGCGUUGCGUUACACACACAUACAUGCAAACACGCACAUACACAUGUAGACAUGGAUAUCAGACGCCUGCCAAAACCAUGCAAGGAUCUGCGAGGCCUCUAUACUUUUAUUUGCAUUUGACCCUUGGAAGACUGAUAACUCCCCCAUUGAGAAGGAUAAAAAAAAGAAAGUAUAGAGAGCGCCUAUAACCUACCGUAUUUCAUGUUG